AUUAAAACCGUCCCUGUUUAUACAUAUUAUUAUUAUCUGGCAAACAGAGUAUCAUUUUCUUGAAUGCUCCAUCACUACUGUUAUAGAUAAGAAUUUCUAAUCAGCUUUGUUCAUUUUCAUUAUAUUUAGGCUGUUAAUAUAUUGUUAAGUUGUUGUCAAUUCAGUUUAAUUUCUUUUGAAGAGAUAACAGGUACUCGGUAACUAGUUCCGGAAUCGUGACCAGAUUAUGGAAAAAGAAAACGGAAACUCAGAAAAUGAUGUGGAAGAGGAUAAAGUCGAAUUUACUCCACUUGAUGGUGGUUAUGGAUGGGUUGUUGUUUUCGCAAUUGUAAUAAUAAAUGCAACAUUACUACCGUUGGUUCAAUGUUUUGGAAUAAUAUUUGAUGCCGAGUUUUCUGACAUGGGUGUAACAGCUGCUCAGGAAUCAUUUUUACUUCAUCUUCACAGUUCCAUGUACUGUGUUGUAGGUUUUUUCAGCAGCCCAUUACUGAAAAUGUACAAUUUCAGCUACGUGGCUUUAUUCGGUGCCUCACUAUGGUGCUUUGGUAUUUUCCUCAGCAGCUUUGCCAAGUCUUAUGCCACUUUAUUAUUCACAGUAUCGAUUUUGAUUGGUGUGGGCCAAGGAAUCGCUCUACCAGCCACAUAUCUUGCCCAAUACUCAUAUUUCAAAAAAAGGCUGACUUUAGCUGUAAGCAUAUCCACCACUGGUGCCAGUAUAUUGGCAAUUUUCAUGCCAAAAAUUUGUGAUAUUCUACUGUUACACCAGGGAAGAAGAAAUGCCGUUCUAGUUUUAUUUGCCAUAUCGUUACUUUCAUUGGUAGGUUGCGUUUUGAUGAAGCCGUCUACACCAGAAAAACGUCGCCGUCACUUCACACAUGAACAAAAGAACACAGAAGUGGCCUUGAUAAUAAGUCCAGAAAAGACGGCAGCAGCUAAUGAUAAACUAAUAACCUCCAAUGUUUAUCAAGAAACAACGAUACCGAACGAGAAGAAAAAGAGUAUAUUGACCAAACUGUAUGAUGUGUUCGAUUUUGAAUUACUUAAGCAGUUGCCGUACGUUGUGAUAGUUAUUGGUUUGGGGGUUUCGUUCGCAGCCGAGUUGAAUGGAAUUUUGACUAUGCAGUUUAUGUUACCGGAGUUGUCAAAUUUCACCAGAACGGAUGUGGCAAAUGUCGCGUCGAUCCAGUCUAUUUUUGAUAUAUCUGCAAGACUGUUGGUACCGCUCUUGACGUAUCGUUUAGAAGUUCCUCCGAGACUAGUAUACGUCAUGGCUCUGAUUCUAGCAACAGUCGCUAGGUUAGUGAUCGCGUUCUUCAGCAAAUCAUACGUAGCGAUUUAUUUUGGCUGUUCGCUAAUUGGUUUGACGAAAGGCACCAGAGCAGUGUUUCAGUCUGUCAUCAUUCCGCAGGUUGUACCUAUAGAAAAAAUACCUGCUGCCAAUGGAAUUAACUUUCUGUUCAACGGGGCUGUCUCCCUAGCUGUAGGACCAAUCAUAGGAACUAUUCACGACGUUACCCAUUCAUAUAUUCCUGCUCUUCACGCAGCCUCAGAAAUAUCUCUAGUGUGUGUUGUUUUAUGGGCAUUGGAAUUCAUUUAUUCGAGAAGAAAGAGUCGUCGAAGUUGAUUUUUGUAUUCAUUAUAUAUUUUCCCAUCGUGUUUUUUAAAUAAAAAAUUAUUGAACA